AUGCCCUUACCCUACGGAAGACCAUGGCUCCUCGAGAUCUCCGACCAGCCAUGGUGCCCGCCCUAUCUUCGGGAUCCUGUGCGCGACAUGCUCACCUUUCUCUGGACACACCGCGUCCCGCCCUUCCAACAUCGAGCGCCCUAUGAGGGGGCUGUGGAAGUCUUGAAUCAAGUGGUAGAUGAGAUCGAGACGUAUGACAGGGACAGCGGAAUCCGUGGAGAGACGAUGCGUAUUGUGGAUUUUGGGAGUGGUGCAGGGGGGCCGGUGAGGAAAGUUGAAGCUGCCUUGAACGAGCGUCGGUUAGCAGACAACAAUACACCAGUACCAGUCUCUCUCUCAGACAUCCAUCCAGUCCCGUCCGCCAUCUCAGAUUCCACCAGCCCCACGCUGUCCUAUAUCCAUGAGCCUGUCAACGCUUUUCAUGCUCCCAAAUCCGUGUCGUCCCUCAAGCAUCUGCGGACGUUCUUCCUGAGCUUUCACCAUUUCAAUAAUGAUCAUGGACGGCAAAUCAUUGCCGAUUCGAUGCGGAGCGCCGAAGCAUUAUGUAUAUUCGAACUGCAAGAGUGCACUCUGGGCAGCGUUAUCAUGAUUUUGAUGUUGGCGCCUUUGACUUGGAUACUGACGCCUCUGCUGCGUCCCAGUGCCAAGACACUCUUCUUCACAUACUUGAUCCCCCUCACCCCUCUCAUUCUCGUCUUCGACGGCCUCAUCUCCGUCUACCGUACCCGAACACCCAAACAGAUCCUCUACCUCGCCAAGCUCGCCAACCUCAGUCUCGCUCUCGAAGGAGAAGCCAAAGACAAUGGUGAUACAGACUGGCGCUGGGAGUAUGGAUACAAGCGGCAUACUUGGCCAUUUGGGAGACUGUCUUGGGUGGUGGGUCGGAGAGAUAGGAGGGACGAUCCGGGGGCUACAGAGACCGAGACGGAGACGGAGGGCGAAUGGUCAGAGGCGGAGACUGGACAUGAUAUGUAG